CAUUUGUUAAUUCUGAUCAACCGGAUGAUUCUAUUGAAUACACAGCAACGGGUACACCUGCGUAUAUACCUUAUGAAAUUGCCAAAGAACUGAUCAACAAUAAAAAAAGUUGUCAUUACACUUGCGCCGUUGAUAUGUGGUCUUUUGGCGUACUGAAUUAUCAUGCAUUAACGGGAAAUAUGCCUUUUAUGGGGGAAGAUGCUCAAGAAGAUUUGGUAUUUGAGAAGAUCGUUAAAGAAGAAAUAAAUUACUCUCCAUUACAAGAAUUGAAUCUUCAAUGUGCGAUUGAAUUCAUCUCAGGUUUAUGUUGUAAGGACCCGAAAUCUCGAUUAACAGCACAUGAAGCGAUGAAGCAC